AAUGGUUAACAUUUUGCUGUUCUAAUGUACGUCUUCAGGAGUGGGCCGCUGUUUGUACUCCGCUUGAGGUUGACUGUGAGAGCGAGAGCAAGGCAUUCUGGGAAUCCCAGCCAGCUGUGGAUGAGGUUGAGUCUUUGCUAUCAGCAGCAGAAGAAAAUUUUAUCCAAUGCUGCCCCUCUGUAUACUGAAGCUUACCUCCAGAGGCAUCAUGAGUGGAUAACAGGUGUGGCUGGAGGCGGUGCAUAGGUCAAGGAGUGGGAUCAUUGCAGUGAAUGGGCAGCUCUGAGUGGGAGGGAGGUGCUGUAAAUGAUGACCAGUCUUUUCCGCCGGAGCAAUGCGAACAGUAACCAUGGCAGUGGUACACGAGGGAGCGACGCUGGCUCAGGAGAGCUCAAUAGCAGAAGGCCUCCACAUCAGGUCCGGCGUUUGGAGUUUACCCAGGCUAUGGAUGACUUUAAGACGAUGUUCCCCAGCAUGAAGCAUGAGGUUAUCGAGUGUGUCUUGAGAGCCAACCAUGGUGCUGUCGACUCCACCAUUGACCAGCUACUGCAGAUGAGCCUAGACAGCAAGGCCACGGAUGACAGCUCGGAUUCUGAGGACAGCAUCCCUCCAGAGAUCCUGGAGAGAACACUGGAGCCGGACAGCUCAGAUGAGGAGCCUCCACCCAUCUACGCGCCGCCCUCCUAUGACAUGCACAUCUAUGACAGAAAACAUCCUGCAGAUGUUCCAUCCACACCACCACCCAGGUUCGAUGAUUAUCCCCCUCCUGGGCAUCAGCAGGUCGGCAUACACAGGAACUGGAAUCCACCGUUACUAGGCAACCUCCCUGAUGACUUCCUGCGUAUCCUGCCUCAGCAGUCAGAAAGUCUUCAGCGUUCUCAGAGCAACCUGUCUCAGCCUUUCUCCUCCUCCUCUUCCUCACUGUCAUCCCUGACGCAGCUUUCAUCCAGCAGUAGUGCCCUGUCAGGUGGCGUUUGGUCAUCUGAACAGGACAGGAAGUUGAAACAAUACUUGGAGGACGAGCGAAUAGCCCUUUUUCUGCAGAAUCAGGAGUUCAUGAAAGAGCUACAGCGUAACAGAGACUUCCUCAUAGCUCUGGAGAUAGAUCAUCAGAGGUGCGAGAAAGCACAGUGUGGUUAUUCAUCCACGUGCACAGAGAACUCCGCCGAAGGUGAUAAUUGUGUCUCGAGGUCUGAGGAGGCCUGUUCAUCAGUCUCUGACGAUGCCUUAUUCCUGGAGAAACUCAAGCACAUGGGCAAAUCUACAAGGAAGAAGCUUUUUGAAAUUGCCAGAUCAUUCUCGGAGAAGACCAGAAGAAAGAAGUCCAAAAAGCGAGGUCUGUCCAAACACCAGUCAUAUCCUCACAUGUCCAGCCCCGACAGUCGCUGCCUGGAGUUUGCAUCUAUUCAAGGCUCUGCAACCUCCACCGUCAAUCUCCUGGAAGAAGUAGAGGGGCCGCCUUCGGCUGAGGAUGACAACCAACUUAAAAGACUCUCAGAAAGAGAGGAAGGGGAGGAGUCAAAGGAAGUGAUGUCAUGAUGGAUGAAUCCUGGCUGGAGCUGCCGAUGUUGUCUGCUUUAGAGAGCUUGAUUCAACAGCUCUGAAGACUAAAGCAUCAUGAUGAUCGAGAUUUUACUCAUUAGUUUCCUGCAAUGCUUUAUUAAACCUGAGCCAUAAAAUCAUCAUAGUUCUAUAUUGUUUGUAAUAUUCUGGUUCAACAGUCUAGUCUAGGACUGUCAUGUGGUGUAGCAGAUCUGGUGGUGUUUAGAAGAAUGCUGUGCUGGGACUCAGGACUCAGAACAUCCACAAGCACAAAACCUCAUUGCUCAGCUUGAUAAGAAAAUCUGUGUUUAUCUCAGGAGUAAUUUUAAUGGCCUGGAGUCUAUGUACAGUUCCUCUGAUGUUUAUAGAUAAAGCUCUUUUCAAUUCUCAUUAUCUUAUCUGAUUGAGAUUGGAGAUUGGUUUAAAAUGUGUUAUAAAAUUUAAGUUGCUAUGUGUUUUCAACCAAAUCACAAUUUAAAAUCAUGCUCAAGACUUUUUCACCAUUAAUUCCUGAAAUUAACAAACAUAUUUUAUUCUUAGUGUGAAGUAAGGUCUGUUUUUGUGUAUUUACACUGGGAUAGUAGGCUAAUUAUUAAAACUAAAUUGUAAUUUUCAGAGUUUAGAGUUGUCAGCUCACUGUAAAUUGAUAUUGAUUUUCAAAGGAUGAUUUAGUUUGUUAUUAAAUUACAUUUUGAGAGCAA